ACGAGCCCGGACGUCGGAGCGUCACGGGGGGCGGUGCCUGUGAGGUCAUCGCGCGGGCGCGCGGGCGGGGUCGGGCGGUUUGAACGAGACGAAGACGGAACCGGAGCCGGUCACGGGUCGUGGAGCGGUUCCGCCGAGCCGAAGAUGGCAGUGAACGUAUACUCAACGUCAGUCACCAGUGAUAAUCUGAGUCGACAUGACAUGCUGGCCUGGAUCAAUGAGUCUCUGCAGUUGAAUCUGACGAAGAUUGAGCAGCUGUGCUCAGGGGCUGCGUAUUGUCAGUUUAUGGACAUGCUGUUUCCUGGCUCCAUUGCCUUGAAGAAAGUGAAAUUUCAAGCUAAACUAGAACAUGAAUAUAUCCAGAACUUCAAAAUACUACAAGCAGGUUUUAAGAGGAUGGGUGUUGACAAAAUAAUUCCUGUGGACAAAUUAGUAAAAGGGAAGUUUCAGGACAAUUUUGAAUUUGUUCAGUGGUUCAAGAAAUUCUUUGACGCAAACUAUGAUGGGAAAGACUAUGACCCUGUUGCAGCCAGACAAGGUCAGGAGACUGCAGUGGCGCCCUCACUCGUUGCUCCUGCUGUGAACAAGCCCAAGAAACCUCUCGGCUCUGGCAGCGCAGCGCCACAGAGGCCCAUUGCAACACACAGAACUACUGCAACGCCCAAGGCUGGACCAGGAAUGGUGCGGAAGAACCCCGGUGUGGGCAAUGGGGAUGACGAAGCAGCCGAAUUAAUGCAACAGAUCAAUGUAUUGAAACUCACCGUUGAAGAUCUGGAGAAAGAGAGAGAUUUCUACUUCGGGAAACUCAGGAACAUUGAGUUGAUUUGCCAGGAGAACGAGGGGGAGAACAAUCCUGUAUUGCAGAGGAUUGUGGACAUUCUGUAUGCCACAGACGAAGGCUUUGUGAUACCUGACGAAGGGGGCCCUCAGGAGGACCAAGAAGAGUAUUAACAGCCUGGGCCAGCAGAGCAACAUCGAGGUUCUUCACUCCAAAUCAUGUGCUUAACUGUAAAAUACUCCCUUUUAUUCUUAGAGGACUCACUGGUUUCUUUUCAUAAGCAAAACGUACCUCUUCUUAAAGUGCACUUUGCAGAAGUUUCACUCCUUUUCCAGUAAGUUUGAGUUAGGAGCUUUUCCCUUGUAGCAGAGCAGUAUUAACAUCUAGUUGGUUCACCCAGGGAACAGAGAGGCUGACAUGGGCUCACCGCGUGGACACUGGUUAACACUGAGUCCCGGAGAAGGUGUUACUGUGUAAUACGCUGAGGUGGCGACCUCGGGAGGAAAAUGUAAAGACUGAAUUGAACUUAUAAACUAAUGUGAAAUUUUGGCAGAGAACAUUUUAAUAAAUAAAUGCCUUAAGAGUUUUAAAAUAUGCUUUCCUAUUUCAAAAUACAAAACACAAUGUGACAGGAGAUGCUGUGUGUUUGCCGUUGUGUCUGGGGAAGGAAAGGCCAGACGUGGGACCUUUGGAAGCUGCUGUGCACAGGCCUCGUGGGGCUGCUCGAAACUUCACAGGCCUACACAGGGCCCCUGCGGGACGCUCAAGUUGCUUUGUCUCUGAUCACUUGCAAAGUGGUCAAACCAACCAUUGUUGCCGCAUGAGUAGAAGGCGUAUUCUAGUCCCGAGACCUUUGAGGUGAAGAGCUUGAUUUUCAUUGAGCAUUUUUCUCACAAUUUUUCCCCAUGACCCCUGAAAUUUCUUUUUUUUUU